CCACCUGUGCCUGCGGUAGUCCCUCUGUUCAGCCCGAGGGACUGCAGCCGUCGGUCUUUGUCUCGCGAGCCCCGUGCAGCUGGAGCCCGUCAUCGCCGCCAACCCACGCCCGCCCGCCGCCAUGUACAAGGUCAAGGCCGUCUACGACUACUCGUCGCCCCACGAGGACGACCUCGACUUCAAGGCUGGCCAGAUCAUCGCCGUCACCGAGGAGGAGGGCGACGACUGGUAUGUCGGCGAGUACACAGACAGUGCCGGCAACAAGCACGACGGCCUCUUCCCCAGGAACUUUGUCGAGCGCUACGAGCCCGAGCCGCCGCCACGACCCAAUCGGGCAUCACGACACAAGCCAUUGGAACCGCCCGCCGCGCAAGAAGCACCUCCCGUGCCCCAGGUGGCCCAGCAGGACCCCGAGCCAGUCAAGCACGAGGCCCCCGAGCCGCCCAAGCCCCAGCCGCCUCCGGUAGAGAUCCCGGCUGCCGCCAAAAACACGCCUCUGCCCAUGUCGCCCAUGUCGCCCAUGUCGCCCGCGUCUGCAUCCAAUGCAAAGUCACCGGCGCCAUUGCACGCGCAGCCUGAGGCAGCGAAGCCGCCUACACCCGCCAAGAAGGCCCCGCCGCCCGUCGCUGCCAAGUCCAAUGCCUUUCGAGAUCGCAUCGCGGCUUUCAAUACUCCCGCCGCCGCCCCGAUCCAGCCAUUCAAGCCUUCGGGUGGCGCGCCCACCAGCUUUAUCAAGAAGCCAUUUGUUGCUCCCCCACCCAGCCGCAACGCGUACAUACCUCCUGCUCGAGAGGCCCCGCCAAUCAAGACUUAUCGCCGCGAAGAAGACCCCGAGAUUGCAGAGCGCCAGGCGCGAGACCAGAAUGACGCUGAGCGUGCUGGCCUCGUUUCCCAUGACACUGCGAAUUCCAAUGAGGGCGAGGAGCCACAGCAGCCCAAGAUCAGCUUGAAGGAACGAAUCGCUCUUCUUCAGAAGCAGCAGCAGGAGCAGGCCGAGAGGGCUGCCGCAAUGCAAAAGGAGAAGCCCAAGCGGCCACCUGUAGCGAAACGGCCUGGGUCUCAGGAUGCCCAAGCUGACGAUAGCGAAGACACUGGCCUGGAACGGGUGGGUAGUGGGACUUCCAAGCCUCGUGCGUCAGUGGACCAGGCUCGUCCACGUACGUCACAGGAUGUCAAGUCUCCCGAUUCACAGAUGCGUAACCGCGAGCUGUUCAGCGAGAAUGAUGCCGAUCAAUCAGGCGCCGGCGAUACGGAAGAUGCAGGGGCUGAGUCUACAAGCGUCGAAGACGAUGAGGACAGACCAAAGAGUAGACAUCCGCCUCCACCAGCACCUCGAGCUGCUGCUGCCCCGGCGCAAGAGCCCGAUGUUGGCGAUGAACAAGAUGCAGCUGAAGAAGACGAGGAAGAGGAAGACGAGGUGGAUGCCGAAACAAGACGGAAACUGGAGCUGCGCCAGCGUAUGGCUAAGAUGAGCGGGGGCAUGGGAAUGCCCGGCAUGUUUGGCGGUGUACCUAUGGGUGCUCUUCCUCCAAAACCCCCAAAGCCUGCAAAGAAGAAGUCGAUCACGGACAAGAAGGUCGAGGAAUCAGAGGGAUAUACUUCGCCUCAGCAGCCAGUGCCCAUGUUCCGCAUUCCUCCUUUGCCACAGGCACAGGCACAACCCCAGGGUCAGGAACAGGACAACCGCUCACUUUCUGUGGAAAAGGAAGAAGAAGUACCACCCCCAGUGACUGGUUCCCAUGCAGCAGACGAGGUACCCGAUGUAGAGGAUGUUGUCUCCCAGCCGGUCGAGCGCACACCCACUGCCGAGGGCCCCCCACCGGUGCCAUUAGACAGUAAGUUCCUGGUUCCUCGCAAGUCGAUUUGCGCCUUCACACAACAUGGCCAAGACUACCUGCAGCUGCCAUUUCCCGAGACACUGUCAAAGACCUAUGUUACUUGUGACGGUGUGUCGGAAUAUGUCAUGACUGUAUGCGUGUCUAAACGGCCUGCACCCCCACCAGUACCCUCAACGUCUCGACCCGCACCACCGCCGCCUCCACAGGUCUUAUCACCAGGCCCUGGCUCCGAGUCUGGUGACGAGUUGACAGAUGCCGCUAACACGCCAUCUGCUUCUUUCCAACCGCCACUUGCAAAGCGGACUUCUUACUUUUCCACUGGUGAGCCAUCACACGAUUUAUCCGAAAGGCGCGUACCGCCCAUUCCGGGAACGGGCCCUGGAUUUCCAUCAGCAAGCCGACCACCUCCCCCGCCACCACCUCCUCAGGCACCCCCUUCGCGCCACGGAGAACUACCCAUACGCAAACUGGAUCGAAAUGAGGGGGAGACAGACUACGAAGGCGACUACGAUACGGACAUGGCGCCAGAGGCAACUCACAAGGAUGCUUUGAAGUCACAUGCUAGGAGUUCGAGCGUCGAAGAGGACACGGCAGCAGACGAGCCAGUCUUGGGACGAUCACCAACUAUACCUCACGGUAUGCCACCGGUACCUCCUGUCCAGCGUGCAAUGCCCCCACCUCCUCCACCUCAGCAGCCGCCCGGUCGAUCGUCAGUCGAUGUUCCUCGUGGUGCUCCUCCUCUGCCGCCAAUGGCACUGCCAAACCGCAAUGCUCAGCCCGGAGGGGAUGAUGAUGACGAUGAAUAUGAUCCCUUCAAGUAUUCGGGUCCUCGCCCGACCAGUUCACCUCCAGCCUCUAGAGCAGCCCCGCCGCCUCCACCAGGUCAACCUCCUCUGCCACAAAGUCGUCCUCCACCGCCUAUGCCUCCAUCUGGUCCUCCCACUUUGCCUAAUCAGAGAGCCGAGUCAGAGGACGAGGAUGAGCUGUACUCAUCACCUCCACCUCGAAAAUCUCAUGAUCGUGCGCCACCCCCACCCCCUCAGGUUCCGCCCCAUCAACAUGCUCCUCCACCUCUUCCCCACCAGCAUGGGCCACUUUUCCCAUCUCAAGAAAGAGGCGCGCCGCCGCCGCCGCCUCCUCCUCCACAAGAGGCUCAGUCUCCGCUGAUACCACCCAUGGAACCACAGCCGCGGUUAUUGUCGAGUCGGAAGUCACUUGACGCGGGUCAUUUGAUGGCUACACGGUCGUCGAUGGAUCAGGCCCGUCCGACUUCUAUGCUGCAUCAGGACUUCAUCGCGCAGGAGCUUGAUCUCGGUGCUUCAUCUCAUUGGUGGACUCAGCCGAACUUGUUACCGCCAUCAUUGCAAGGCCGUAAGGAUGUGAUUGUCGACAUGAAGGAAUCACAGUCGGGCAACACUGUAGAGAAGUUGAUCAAGGUCCUGUACCUCGACUACUCGCAGACGAUCAUCUCUGCUCGCUUCGAGGCGAAUAAUGUCUCUGACGUGGACCUUGAACAACGCACGGAGCCGCCGCCUCCUCGCCAGCGUCCUGAUCAGCUUGAGAGCGCGUAUGAGCAGUUUGGCCGGCAGAUUGCCAAAGCCAUUGAAUCCAAACAAAACACGGUUGUUGGAAAUGGCGCACCUCAUGUGCUGAUUGUCGAGCUGCUCAAGCCUUUUAGUGACGCUCUCCCGCCAAUCUCGACUCGCUCGUACGGUGCUCUCGUUUACGCCAACUUGGCCAACGCGUCGACGCAGUCUUACGACGAAAUCCGGCCUGGUGAUAUCAUUAGCUUCCGCAACGCCAAGUUCCAGGGCAAGACGGGACCGAUGCAUGCCAAAUACAGCAUGGAUGUGGGCAAGCCGGAUCACGUAGGCGUGGUAAUCGAAUGGGAUGGCAGCAAGAAAAAGGUUCGAGCAUGGGAACAGGGGCGUGAGCACAAAAAGGUGAAGACGGAAAGUUUCAAGAUGGGGGAUUUGAGAUCCGGGGAAGUACGCGUUUGGCGUGUGAUGAGUAAGAGUUGGGUUGGAUGGAAUUAGGGAGAUGUACAGUUUGCGACGAGGACGGACGGCCGAUGGCAGUGUGGUUGGUAGUCCGUGGGUGUGAGGGUGUAUCGUUUGGUAGUCUUGAACAGUCUAUUGCAAUCGUGUCUAGAAGCAUGUGUGUAGAUGUUUUGUAUCUUGU